AUGGUGCGAACUAAGAAGCUCCUACCCUCGGGAGCAGCGGCAGCAAGCUCCCCUCACCGGAAUACCGGUCCCAUGGACGAUUUUCUCUCUACUCCGUCCGACCUCUGCGGCACCCGCCAUGUGGACAAGAUGGCGCCCGGGUCCCCGGACUCGGAGAUGACGGGGGACUCUCAGUCGGAACCCCCCCAAACAGGGGACCUGUCUCAAAUUAGAAUGGAGCUUACACAGAUCUCCAGGAGGAUGCUCACCAAGGCUGAUACAGGCCCCAUUGUGCAGGAACUCAGAGCAGCACUGAGGGAAGAGCUGGCAGGCCUGCGCACAGAUCUGUCCACCCUGGAGCAGAGAGUGGAUGAAAUGGAGUCGGUGGCGAGGGGCUGUGAUGACCAGCACAGAGCAACAGAAGUGGCAGUCACUAGGCAAGGUAACAUGCUCCUUACCCUCCGGAGACAAGUGGAGGAUUUGGAGAAUAGAAGCAGACUCAAUAAUAUCCGUGUCCGCGGCCUGCCUGAAAGGGCAGACAAGCUGCUCCCAGACACCCUGUCAGCGCUGUUUACACAGCUCCUCGGAGCUGCACUGACCACUACGCUCAUCAUAGACCGCGCUCACAGAGCCCUGGGGCCUGCGAGACAGGAUGGCAGCCCCAGAGACGUAGUCUGCUGCAUCACCGCCCCAGGCCUACGAGAUAGAAUUAUGGCAACAGCCAGGGGCCUCCCAUCCAUACAGUUUCGAGGAACGGCGGUUUCAUUGUACCAGGAUCUCUCUAGCCUGACCCUAGAUGCGAGGCGGGCAUUGAGGCCGGUCACCAGUGCCCUGAGAGACAAGGGGAUUCCUUAUCGCUGGGGUUUCCCGUUCAGUAUUCAGGCUAAACAUGGGAAUACCUGGAUUACGGCCCGCUGGCCUGAAGACGUCCCAAGGUUCCAGAGGGCCCUGGGUCUAGCACCAUCGAGAAUACGAAAUUGGAUUUUGGACGAAGCGGCUGCUUCAAGAAGAGACCCACUGAUGCCGCCGCUGGAGGCCGAUGCAGCUACAGGUAGACAGCCCGAGCCGCUCAGGAGAGGUGGGCCGGACGGCCCAGAAGAAUAG